AUGGAGUCUGCAGCAGACCAGCUUACUAGCUGGGACACGAACACACGCAAGUUUUCACUCCAGACCCUGGGGCUUUGUGGGCCCUCAGCAGAUGUUUAUUCGGAUCAAGUGGCCAAGUGCCUCGACGACGAGGAGGCAGCGGUGAGGAAAGCAGCGGCCGUGGCACUGGGCAAAAUGCGGGCAUCGUCGGAGACAUCUGCACUGCUGGCUGCACUCCGAGACACGGAUGCUGAAGUCCGGUGUGAGGCUGCUCGCGCCUUGGGCCAAGUCAGCGCCAAGGUGGUGUCACCUCAUGUCUCAAAGGUGGUCGCCUUGCACCAAGAUGCUGAUGAAGAGGUUGGUCUUGCUGCGGUGUCCUGCCUUGUAGCUGUAGGCCAGGCCCGGGUGCUUGCCCCUUUCACAUCAUCCACAUUCCCAACAGUUGCAAAAGCAGCCAUCAUGGAGAUCGGCCGCUGCCCCAUGGCACGCACAGCCAAUGCUGGCUGCCUCUCACGUGCCUUAUCCCACAAAGACACAGCAGUCCGCAUGGCCGCAGCACAGGCUUGUGGCGAGCUGGGUGCUGAGUGUGCGGAGGAGCAUUUGCGAGCCCUGGCAUCUGCUUCUGCUGAUCGCCAUGUGAAAGUGCGCAGAGCCGCGGUGCAGGCCUUGGGCCGACUUGGAAGUUUGGCUGCCGACUACCUGGUGCGAUUCUUCCGUGACCCGGACGACAGCCUCAGGCAUUUUGCCGCCGAAACGAUGGGAGGCCUCGACGAUGCCCUUGCUGCAGAGGUCACGGCAAAGUCCCUGACGGAAGCGCAAGCGACUUCGACUCAGCGCCAGUCUGCACUGCAGGCUUUGGGAAAGAUGAAGGCAGGUCGAGAUCACGCUGCUGCUGUGGCUGCCUGCCUUGAUGACGCAGACUUGGCCACCCGACUCGCGGCAAUCCAAGCUCUUUCCGGGCUCAAGUCCGAGGACUAUGCGCCACGGCUUGAGCAGCUCCGAAAGGACCCUGCUGCUGGGGUUAGGAUCGCAGCUGUAUCAGCUUUGGCAAAAAUGGGCGAGCGGGGGGCUUCGUCAGCGCUCAUCUUCCUCGAAGACGAGGACGCUGGUGUGAGACAGUCGGCAGUCAAGGUGUUCAGUCCGCUGCACUCCAAGCUGCCCUCGAGUGUUGCCCGGGCUCACAUACACCAAGUUGCACAGCUGCUGUUGGAUGAGGAUUGGCACGUGCGCUUGGCAGUGGUCGUGGCUCUGGGCGAUCUGCACAUGGACAUCUUUUCCGAACAGGUUGCGGCCUUGUCCCAGGAUGAGAACAACCAGGUCCGGCGCAGUGCUGUGGCAGCAUUGGAGAAAAUGAAGGCCUCUCCAGCGCACGCAGCCCGCUUUCUGGGCGAUGAUGACCCGGCGGUGCGGAGCCACGCGGAGGAGGUCUAUGCUUCGCUAGGCGGUGGUCGCCCAGACGAGGAUGGUGAUAUCUCAGAGGCGACGCAUCGCGACACCGUGCAGACCAUGCUCCACCCGACCGAGGCCAACAACCUGCCCGCAGCAUUGGGCGUCCGCGUCUGGGAUCGUGCGAUCCCGCAGUUGGAGAUUGGCCACAACAAGCGCUUAGCAGACGUGAAAGAGAGCCUUGCCGAUGCCGGCGUGAAGGGCAUCUUGGCAACCGUGGCGGGUUUGAUUCACUACCUAGCUUGCUUGGAAAGGGCACUGGCCCGCAGCGGUAGUGCCCAAGCCUUUUGCAUGCUGCCUCGGAUUCGCAGAUCAUGGCACCGUGCGAGGGAUGGUUGCAUGUUAACAACGCAGUAG